AUGGAGUGUCCACUGGGUCGUGUCUGCGAGUUGUACUGUCUUGUGUUGUGUCGGGUGUGGUUGGGGUAUGAACUGCGGUCCGAUUGUCCCGAAGAAUGGUUGAAGUACCACAACGAAUGUUACCAUCCGCUACCAGAGUUUCUGAAGAUCUAUUCUCCUGAGGCUAAAGAACGUUUCUGUCGAGUUGUACUAUCAGCUGAUAUUGGAUACGUCAAUGGCGUCCUGUCCUGUCUGCAUGAUUUUAAAGGUACCAGCAAUGUUUUGGUCAAGAUACUAGACAACAGUGUUAACAAACGAGUGGUAGUGAUGCAAAUCGGAGAGGCACGACACAUGCCCAUGAGGUUACAAGAUAGACAUUCUAACCCCAGUUAA